UAACUAUGCCAAGGAGGAAACAGCUACUGACCUGGAGGAUUCAGCUCCCACAGUUAUCAUCGUCUGGGAGAUAGAAACAUACCAGCACCUGUAAUUGCACAGGAUGGAGACAGCGAGGUGGAACUUACUGGCCUGUCUCCUCUUCUUCCUACAAGAUGUCACGGCUCAAGACCACAGCUGCAAUACUGAACAAGAUGGCUGCUGCAAGAUAUGUAACCCAGGCUAUUUCCUUAUUGGACAAUGUGGGAAAUGUAAAGUGUGUCCCUUAAAGAGUUACAUGGACCUUCCAAAUGUAACGCCGAGCUGCAAGCUAUGUGAGAGGUGUGAAGGAAUACGCCGGUAUAAAAAGGCGUGCACAACUACCAGCAACGCUGUAUGUGAGUGUAUCCCAGGGAAGAGGUGUGCCAACGCACAGUGCACACGUUGUGAGAAUAACCCGUGCCCAGCUGGUCAGCAGCCUAAUGCAGGAAAAUGCGUGACCUGUCCGUCUGGCACAUUCAACCCUGGUACUGAAGGCAUCUGCAAACCAUGGAGAAACUGCACAGCCCUCAGCACUGACGUUUCGGUUAAUGGAACCCAUACAUCGGAUGUGGUUUGUGGUAAUCUCGUUGCCAGAGUCACUGAGAGAGUAGUUACAUCAGCAUCAGCAUCAACAGUCACCCUCACAGCACAUACUCCAGAGGACAAAUCGGCACCACGUCUGAGCAUUACUAUCAUCAUCGUUGCGAUCUCUUGCCUAAUUGCCUUGUGCCUCAUACUGUUUGGCUUAUUCUUCACUGUGAAAGUUCUGGAAAGAUUGAAAAAUAAUUUCAAGAAAAUUCCUCAUCCAAUAGUCAAGCAGACUGAAGAAGAAGACGCUUGCAGCUGUCACUUUCCUGAGGAAGAGCACGGUGAAGAAGGAGAAGAUGAACCCAUGACUCGAGAACCCUGACACUGGCCACCAAGGAUUGUAUUCAUAUUGUGGAAGACUCAAUGAUUAAUGUCUAUCAGCAAGCCCUGUAGCAACCAGUCCUGCAACAAAGCUGGGCAUCCUCCGAAACCUUCAUUAUCUUUCUAUACGGGCACCAGAUAUGUACUCAUUGAUGGAGUAGAACGUGCUGAGCUGAACAGUUAGAAUUUGGGUCAAUAUUGCUUGGAACUUAGUGGCCUGGGAGUAUACAGAUAAUCCACCAAAAAUCUGGAACAAUGUCUUUGCAGAGAGUUGGAUUCAGCUUCCGGGCUGUGCGUUGAAUUAAUAUGCAGUUGAGAUGGAACUGGUUAAAGUGACCAAUGUGUCUCUACUCAAUGAGCUGGGAUAAUGAUACAUACUAUGAAAUGGUCAACUCAGUAUCAUAUUGUAGAUUGGUAGAGAGAAACUUACUUGUCUUCAUUUAUUUUUUUGACUUCGCAAAUUGCACAGAAACAUUAUUAUUCAGUGGGGUGUAUUAAUAUACCCCAUCCAGGAGGUGGAGCAAGAGAGCAUGGCUGCAGUCUGUUAAUCAUGAUCUCUACUUGCUGUAACUUUAAGGGAAAGUAUAAAUGUGAUUUAUUUAGUCCUUUCCAAACCUUGGGAAUGUGAGGGGCGCCCUUUGGCAGUGUAGGUGCUUAGAACAUUAGUAUUUCCAUUUUAUUCUGCAAUGGGUGGAUAAUCUUAUCCAAUAGUUGGGAGAUUGGUGUUCAACGCAGAGUACUGACAUUAUCAUGAAGGAAUUCCAGGGACAAUACAUCAAAAUUGGAAGAACAGGGUUCACAAACAUUCCGCCUAGAGAACAAUAAAAUUAUUGUAUCGUUUUUUUUUUUAUGGUGGGGAACACCUGCAUCCCAGAAAAUGAAAUGGUUAGAUUAAUUCAUAACCCCUGAAUAAUUCAUCUCCCGUCGAUGAAGUUGCCUUUAGUUUACCCUGUUGGUGGAGUCCGGCCACUUUUUUUUCACAAUUUAAAAAACCUACAGCUUUAUUACUGAUUGCCUCAGAGUAACAAAAUACAGAGGCAUAGUGCAAUAUAUGUAGAAUUGAAUAUAUUGUUUAAAAUGUAAUAUAUUGUUUAGAUAACCAUGAAAUAAGAAGUAUGCAUUUGUAAUCCACAGCUCCAUUAAUAGCAUUUAUAUAUCGGUUA